AUGUUGAAAUCCGAAAAUACCGCAAAAGAUAUUGAUGAAAUCGAAAAAAAUAAUAAUGAUUUAUUAUGUGCGGUAUGCGGUGAUCAGGCAACAGGUCGACAUUACGGAACGAUUGCAUGUAAUGGAUGUAAAGGUUUCUUCAGGCGAACUAUUCGACGUGGUUAUAGAUAUUCAUGUCGUUUCAAUGAUAAUUGCAAUAUUGAUAAACAUAAUCGAGCAGUUUGCCGUUCAUGUCGUUACAUGCGUUGCAUUAAUGCUGGAAUGAAAAUUGAUGCAGUGCAAAAUGAACGUGAUAUAAUCGGUAGACGGAACCGUACUCCAUCAACAUCAUCACCUUCGACGAGUGUUACCGCUGCUGUAGCGCACAGUACCACUAAUAUUGGAUUACCAAAUUUAAAAUUAGAACAAGCGAAAACAACGAAUCGAAAGCAAUCUUCUCGUACCAGCAAUAUAUUAAGGCAAUUUAUGGUUUCUUCAACAACUUCAUCAUCUUCCUCAACAACAUCAACAUUACCAUCGUGGGAUACGCCACGAUCAUUGUUAGAAAGUCUUCUUUUAUCUGAGAAAAAAAUGCAAAGUUUGAGAGAAACAAUUAUGAAACAAACCGAUGUCCCAUUAUGGACAAAAAAUCAUUUGUAUGGAACCAGUGAUACUGGACGUACAGCAACUAUUAGGGAUAUUUAUACGAGUAUUCACAGUCAAUUAUUACUUGUAAUUGAAUGGGCCAAAACUUUAUUACCGUUUGCAGCACUUUCAACUGAUGAUCAGACAGCAUUACUUAAGAAUUACGCUUCACAACAUAUUAUCCUUGGUGUUUCAUAUCGUUCGAAAGAUAAUUCUGAUUUCCUGAAAUUACUCAAUGAUUCAUGCAUACCACGUUGUGGUGAUUGUAGUAGUACAGAAUAUCUCGAAAAUAUCUAUUUUCGUGAUUGUGAACGUAUUAUGGAUCAACUUGUUGCACCAAUGAAAUUCCUCAAAAUUGACGAUGUUGAAUUUGUUGCAUUAAAAGCUUGCGUUCUAUUUAAUCCCGUAGCAAAAGGCUUAUCAAGUGGAAGCGUUAUGGAUAUCUUAGCAACUCGUCGACGUAUAUUUGCCGCAUUAGAGCAUUAUGUUAAGAUGAAAAUUCCAACUGAUGUGAAUAGAAUUGGAGAUCUUACAUUUUUUAUAUUAUCACCGUUACAGGCAUUAGCUAAUGCUGUUUGUGAGGAUGUUUUAGUAUUUAAAUUAUCAGGUGUCGCAAAUAUUGAUCAAUUAAUGGAAGAAUUAAUUUUAACCGAAACAAAAGAACGAAAAAUUUCCGGUCGUUUAAAUUCUGAUAGUUUAUUGAUGAAAAAUUUAUGUGUGGAAAAAUUGAAAGGGUCAAAUUUAAGCAAUUCUACUUCGUGUGAUGACGUUGAAAGCCCAAUUUCAAAUCAGUUAAAUAAUACUUCGAAUAAAUCAUCACCUACUUUUGAUAUAACUAAUGAUUUCGAUGAAUCAUCCUAUCGUCGAUGUUCACCAACGAUCAAUGCAUUAUCAUCAUUUAUUAUGGAUCCAUUUAAAAGGUUUUGA